GGCGGGUUUUUUUUUUUUUUUUUUUUUACAACGUAGGGCAGGUGAGCAGGUGCGUUUUUUGAGGACAGGUAACUAGGAUAUUCCCAUCACAAGACCCACACAGGAGCACUGGGCGCCCCGCCGUGACAACACAGGCCAGAGAUAAGGGGCAGAAUGGCCAACUUCAAGGGACAUGCUUUACCUGGUACAUUCUUCCUGCUGUUUGGCCUGUGGUGGUCGAUAAAGUACCCGUUUCGACAGAUACAGAGGAAAAAAGAGAGGGGACAGCAUGGAAACAGUAACAGACAAAUGCACACUGUCCUGUUCAACCGCUUCGAUUUAGCUGAAGGAGCUCUGAAGAUUUUUUUUGCAUUCGCUGGAAUCAUGGCAGAGCAGUUCGUGCCCGAUGGCCCUCAUGCACAUCUGUAUCAGGACGGCUGGGUGAAGCUGAUGAACUGGCAGCACAGCACCAUGUACUUGUUCUUCGGGAUCUCUGGCAUUGCGGAUGUUCUCAGCAUGUCUUCUCGCCACGUGCCAGUCGGCCUCGACCGCCUCUCUCUUUCUCUGGCUCUCUUUGUGGAAGGGUUCCUUUUCUAUUUCCAUGUUCACAAUCGUCCUCCUCUGGACCAGCACAUUCAUUCUCUGCUUUUGUUUGCGGUGUUUGGUGGAGCCGCCAGCACAAUGAUGGAGGUGUUUAAGCGAGAUAACGUAGUGCUGGAACUAUUGAGGUGCACUUUGGCCGUCCUGCAAGGCACGUGGUUCUAUCAGAUCGGGUUCGUGCUGUAUCCUCUAAACGGAGAGCAGUGGGAUCUGGAAAGACACGAUAACAUCAUGUUCAUCACCAUGUGCUUCUGCUGGCAUUACGCUGUGGCUCUCCUGGUUGUGGGCAUCUGCUACUGUGGAGUUUUUUGGUCUUCAAAAUGGUGUGAAGGAAGGAAGCUCGGGGACAUGGAGAUGGGCCUCAGAAAGUCCGCCGCCUCAGAUACUAGCUCCCAGAAGGCUUUGCUCCAGGAAUCAGACGAAGAGUAACGAGAGCCUGUGACGACCGCCGAGGCUGAACGCACUGAACGAAUUUCUCUUCUAGCAAGCUGUCUUUCUGAUAGGAUUAUUUUAUGUUUGCAUCAUUUCACUGCAAAAGAUUUUCUCAAAAGUGCUCAUGCUGAAAAUAUCACAUCCAAAUGGACUUGUAAAUAAUGUGGUUGCCGCAGGUGUCAGAAGCACCUGGAAACCUUGAAAUUUGCCAAACUAGAGGUAAAAAAAAAAAAACAGAUCACAUAUUCUUUCAGGAUAUAAAACACGUCUGAAUGAUAUUCACUCCGAAAUACCUGUAAUAGUUGCACAAUAAUGCAUUUGAAUAUUUUCUAAUGAAAUGUACAUGAAUAAACAAGCAUGCAAUUGUU